AUGAGCGAUGCCAUUCUUGUUCCCGCCCUGUCGGUCAUCUUGGCCAUCGUCUACCUAUUCUACCUCGGCUCUGAGGGCACCAAAACGCUUGAGGCUGCGUUUGUCACACCUGCGAGAAGUGAGGACACAGAUACACCAAUUCCCUUCACAUUAGCACAACAGGACCCGUUCAGUCUGCGUAGCUAUGCAGGCUUCGGCUUGGGGCUGGUGCCCAUGAUAGUCGGUGUUAUGUUCUUCGCUUUCCGCAUGGCACGCAUGUACAAGGAGGCCAAGUAA